AUGGAUGAGAGUGAGCGGAAAUCUGACGAAGUUGUCUCGGAAAAUAAUUCAAGUAAUCAAGACAUUAUUACUUCAGACGAAAAAAAACACGCACUGCUGCGCGGCGCACUGACGCAACAGAGCGCCGUCAUACUCGUCUGCAUGGCGAUCGAUCGCUACAUGUGCAUGCUGCAUCCGCAUCGCUAUCACAAUCGACAGUCGUCCAAGAGGGGCUGCGUGGCGAUAAUGUCGACCACCUGGAUUGCCAGCGUCGCGAUGUUCGGCAGCCUCGUGCUGCCCAAGGGCGGCUACUACUUCAACGACACCGGCCUCCUCGCUUGCGAGCCAUUCUUCGCCAAGGCGUCGAUCAGAAUACUGGUGUGCUGCUGCUUUUACUUCCCCACCACGAUGGCCCUGAUGUACUUCUACGGCUCGGCCUUUCACAUGAACAAGCUGCGCUUCAAGCGGGUGGUCUGCGCAAACACCAGCGAGAUCAUCAGCACCGGCUCGAACAACAGCGCCUCGGGCCUGCCCGGACAGCAUCACGAAAAGCUGAUUCUGCACGAGCGACGCCUCUCCACGGCGGCCUCGAGGACGAUGGCCGCCAUGUCGCUGGGCUUCAUCGUGAUGGUGACCCCGUGGACGAUACAGGAGGUCGUCGCGGCCUGCACCGGCACCAAGCCACCGGCCUUCCUCGACUUCAUCGCCACCUGGCUGGCGCUGUCCAACAGCUUCUGGAAUCCCUUCCUCUACUGGCUGCUCAACAAUCACUUUCGACGCAUAUCCAGGGAGAUACUUUACACGAAGUUAUUGUGCAGACCAGUCAAGCCGAUGAUGAGCCACCAUACGAAGCAGCACUGCUGCAGCACGAGCACCGGAGCGCUGGAUGUCUGCAGCCUCGGCGGAUUAGAUUUGGCAGGUCUCGAGCGCUACUCGGUGGACCAAUGCUCGCUGGCGCGCUGCUCCACCCUGUCGCUGGCCACGACCCCGCCGCCCUGGGAGAUGACCCCGGGCGGCGUGCUGAUCACGUGAGGAAGGGACGCCGCCACGCAGACCGACGAUCUACCUGAUCUACCCGAGGACGAGAUCAGUUAGUAUUACAGCGUGGCGGCGGUGGCGACAUCAUCAUCAUCAUCAACAUCAUCAUCGUCAUCAUCGGCAUCAUCCAUCAGUAGCAGUAGCAACGGCGGUAGCAGCGAAACUACUGCUCAGGUAUCGCCCGAGCCGGAAGUAGAACCGAUCGUAGAAACGGAAGUGCCAGCGGCACCACCACCUCCGAUCGUCCACGAGGAUCCGAUAAUGUCGGCCAUUAUCGGCCGUCGACGAGACAGACGAAGAGGAGGAGAAGGACAAGAAGAAGCGACGACGACUGGAGAAUCGAGGAGAAGGCUUGGCGCUGGCAGAGCCACCUUCUUCGAGGCCGACUGGCAGUCGCGCGACCGCAGGGUUCGCGUACUGGCCUGGGGCUACGCCGACUCGCUGGCCUUUUUGCUCAUGAGGAACGGCGCCUGCUACGCCUGCGUCUUGUCGCGCGGCGGUAAUCGCGCUGGCGGCGGCGCCUCUUCCUUGGCCACGGUCGAGCGACUCUCGUAAUAGGAUAAAAUACAAAAUUACGCACAUGAUAAUGGGUGCCUCUGGCGCAGUAGUUGAGGGAUGAGAUCGAAGAUCUCUCCUUUACCGACCAGCGGUUAUUAUAUUUCAAAUAAUGAUAAUUGUGUACACGCGGAGCGAGUCCAAUUGUAUAAUUAUAAUAUAUUUUAAAAAUUUACCCCAUCGUUGCCCGCCCCCCAUUUGUAUAUUUUGUAUAAUUGAAUAUAACGGCGUAGCUAUAAUACACCCCCGCGCGACUCAGAUCUUCGAUUAUUAUAAAUAUUAUUAUUGUUAACGCACACAACGGCACGCAUAUUAUAUUAAAAUAACAUAAAUAAAAUAAUAGUAAUAAUUAUUGUAAAACGAAUCUUCGGCAGGCUAUUUGUAACGAUUGUUGAAUCAAUAUACAUAUAGAUAGGCAGCAGCUGCGUUAUUUUUCACGUUGUAUGAUGUAUAAGCCGUGCGUCUUUUUCGUAUUUCCAUUAAAUAAUAUUAUUAUAUAUAUAGAAUAAAAAUAAAUACAAUUGCGUUAUCGCAACGGAUGAGAAACAUAUUUUAGAUGGUAAUAGGAUAAUAAUCAAUUCGUGAUAAAUCGUUCGAGAUUUUAUAUAUCACAUUGUGUAGCGGGGUAAAUAUUACAUUGUAUCGUAUUGUAUAAGUACUAUACGAAUGUGCGGCUGGAAUAAUUGGGUAUAUAAGCGCACAAACGAGGGUGUUCACUCCAAGCUUAACGAAGAUGAUGCAAUUUCCCAUGCAAUGGGUGUAUCAUUGAAUCUUUUUCUUCUGUUUUUCGUAUUAUAUACUUACGAUAGCUAGCGUUAAUUAUUAUUAAAUAUAUACCAUCCGGUAAAUUUAGCAUAGAUUUUGAACGAUGUUUUUCUUUUACAUAGUUGUUUGAGAAAUGAAUUUUGCUAGUUUUGUAUGAUUACCUUUAACAUCUCGUUAAGUAUGUACUGUAAUGAAAAGCGAGAUAAAACUGAAAGUUUUGAAUGAUAUAAAAUAAAAAUCUAUAUCCAUGAAUUUUGAUCAUUUUUCAAUUAAAUUUUAAAAGUAAUAGCUACGAUUUAUGAUUUACUUACAAAUACAGCUGCAAUACAAUUGAUACGAAUUUCGAAACUAACAUACAGAACGAAAUAAAUGACUAUUUAACGUUAGACUAUUGCAUAAAUAUUUCUUUAUAUUGUUGCACUAUAAAGAGAGUCGAAAAUAAUUUUAGUAGCCACUGCCGAAAAAAAGAAGCAAAAAAUUUGUGUUGCUAGUUGCAUAAAUUUUUUCAAUAAUCUUGUUGGUAAUAAUAUGAGUAUAUGCGAAGCAAUUUGUAACGAAGGUGCACCACAAAUAGAGAAAACAGUAGACAAUUAUAAAAAAAGAAGAACAACACUUCGUAACGUAUUAAAAUAUGAGUAUGUAAAUUUUUAGUACUUCGCACGAGGAUUAGUCUUACUUCAGGGCUACUCACGAGAAAUAUCGCGUCAUACUCUGUUUUUUCAAGUCUAUUUGUAGUAGAGGGUCACGAUACGAUGGAAAAGUGUCGAUCGCCGAAUUGUGUAUUGAACGUGUAAUUAUUAUAGCGACAUUUUUAUUGUAAAUAAAGGAUCGAGCUCAUAAUAUAUCGAACUAUAAUUAUCGUGUAAGUUAUCUAUGAAUGAUGUUGACGAUGAAUACAAGCAUUGCGUUAAAAUCUACAAUACGAGAGUCACAAAAAAUAUGUUCAUUUAUAAACUAACGGAUAUGUUGAAUGUAUGACAAAUAUAUAUAAGUACAUUACAAAAAUCCGAUUUGACUAUGAUUGAUUCAAGAUAUCCCUACAUCCACUUGGCUUUAAAAUAUAUUUAUU